CUAUCUUCCAUCGUUCGGGAACCGGUGAGCGGACGAGCGAGCUUCGAACUCUGCUAUGUAGCUUUUGUCCAGAGUGGUUAAUUUAAUCUGGUAAUUUUUUUUUUUCGUCUGAAAUCAGCCGCACUGGUGAUUCGUCGAGACUGUUUCGAAGAUGACAACCUCGAAGCGAAAUCACAAAGAGAAGAUAAUUCGUCGCAACAAAGAGGAGAAAGCAGAAGAACCAGAGCAACCCAAGUACAGAGACAGAGCCAAAGAGAGGAGGGAGGAUCAAAAUCCAGAUUACGUGGAGUCUGGUGCCUAUCAUAGCGUUCGUCCUCCCGGUUCGGAUAUCGGUGCUGAUGCUCACAAGUUAUCUAUUGAGAAGAGCAAGUAUCUCGGAGGUGAUGUGGAACACACGCACUUGGUUAAAGGAUUGGAUUAUGCUUUGCUUCAUAAAGUGAGAAGUGAAAUAGAUAAGAAGCCAGAUGUUGGAGAUGAUUCUGAUGGAAAAUCUAGAGCAUCAAAGGAAGAUCAAACACUUGCUUUCCGCACUGCCACUGCAAAGUCAGUUUACAAGUGGAUAGUCAAGCCACCGACUGUUGUAAAGACCAAUGAAAUGUUCCUUCCUGGGAGGAUGGCUUUUAUUUUUAACAUGGAAAAUGGAUUUUCCCAUGAUAUUCCCACGACUGUCCACAGGAGUAAAGCUGACUGUCCUGUCCCCGAGGAAAUGGUUACUGUCAGUGUUGAUGGCUCUGUCUUAGAUAGGAUAGCUAAAAUUAUGUCAUAUCUCCGUCUUGGAUCAUCUGGGAAAGUUCUCAAGAAGAAGAAGAAAGAAAAAGAUGGAAAAGGUAAGGUUUCAGGCUUUCCCAAUGGUUAUGAAGAUGAGAAUAUAACAAAAUCUGAUGCAAUGAAGAAUCAUCAUGACAAAGCAACUGUACUACCUGCUCCCGCAUCUUCUAAAAAGAAUCAUAAUGAAUCAAGAGAGAAACAGGGCCCAACUGUUGCUAGAGCUGAAGAAGAUGAUAUAUUUGUUGGGGAUGGAGUUGACUAUUCUGUUCCCACUGUAGAUCCAAACCAAAGCCCUAUAUCGGAGGAUAUGGAAGAAUCCCCUCGAAAUAAAGAAAGACCUUCAUAUUUCAGUGAAUCUGCCUAUGCCUCAAUUCCAUCAUCUGAGCCACCUCAUGGAUGGCAACAAGUGAAUGGGUAUGAUGCUGUUCAAGCACAGGCCAUGGCUGGUGUGUACCCACCAGAGUGGCAGGAUUACCAAUAUGCUGAGCAAGUGGCCUACCCUGAUCAAUACCUCCAGCAAGACAUACAGACUUAUGAUAUGCAAACUGGUUUAAACAUUCAGCAAGACCCGCGUUUUAUGACACAAGAAGAAAAGGAUAGAGGCUUAGGGUCAGUGUUUAAGAGAGAUGAUCAGAGGCUUCAACAAUUGAGAGAGAGAGAUGCUCGGGAGAAGGAUCCCAAUUUUGUAUCUGAGAGCUAUUCUGAGUGCUAUCCUGGUUACCAAGAGUACAAUCGUGAGAUUGUUGACAGUGAUGAUGAAGCUGAUUUGUCAAAGAUGGAUAUGGGCGGACGUGCAAAAGGCCGACUUCAUCGGUGGGACUUUGAGACCGAAGAGGAGUGGGCAACGUACAACGAACAAAAGGAAGCAAUGCCGAAAGCUGCAUUCCAGUUUGGUGUGAAGAUGCAAGACGGGAGGAAGACAAGAAAGCAAAACAAAGACCAGAAACUCACUAAUGAGCUCCAUAAGAUCAACAAAAUCCUAUCCAGAAAGAAGAUGGAGGAGAAAGGGGAUAUCAACGAGGAUGACUCGCACCCGGGAAAGAAACUUCGGAUUUGAUGUUCAAACAGUUUGCUUUCUUUUGUAUGGUUUUGUAAUGAGAAAAGGUCUCUUUAGUUUCUGAUAAACUACCUUGGAUUAGGUAAUGCCAGUAUUUCUGUAGUGAUUGAUGAAAGGCUUUGUGCAAAGCCUUUAGCAUAACAAGGACCUCAUAAUGUAAUGGUACUAUAGAAAUCUAAAGCAAUUAUUUCUAGCAAUA